GAGUGAUGCUCAGAGCAGGAAGCAGAGGGAGAAAAGAAGAGGCUUGUGAAGGAGCUUCACGGUCUUUUUCAGUCAUAAUGGAUUAAGGGUAAAUGCUUUGUCAGCUUUCUUUUUUUUUGUGGCUAGGGAUUGCAGCCUCUUGAGCAGGAGCAGCAUUCCAUCUCUAUUAUUUGUUGGUGCAGGUCCCUUCUUCUGAUAUGGUUUGCAGAGUUUCUCAUACAUCAGCACCUUCAUGCGUGAGAAGCUGAUUGGGAAUUCAUUGCAGGAUGAUAAGAUGGAACAGCCACUUGUACCCCCACCAGGACCUGACAGCCUUCGCUUGUUCACUAGAGAAUCUCUUGAAGCUAUCGAGAGACGUAUUGCAGAAGAAAAAGCUAAGAAACCACCAAAGGAUCGUAGAGAUGAUGAUGACGAAAAUGGCCCCAAGCCGAAUUCGAACUUGGAAGCAGGCAAAUCCUUGCCUUUUAUAUAUGGAGACAUACCUCCAGGAAUGGUCUCGGAACCAAUGGAGGACCUUGACCCAUAUUACAGUAACAAAAAGACCUUUAUAGUAUUGAAUAGAGGGAAGGCAAUCUUCCGCUUCAGUGCCACGUCUGCCUUGUACAUUUUAACUCCCUUCAACCCCCUCAGAAGAUACUCAAUAAAGAUUUUGGUACAUUCAUUAUUCAGCAUGCUCAUAAUGUGCACUAUUUUGACCAACUGCGUGUUCAUGACCAUGAGUAAUCCCCCGGAGUGGACCAAGAAUGUAGAAUACACCUUCACUGGGAUUUACACCUUUGAAUCUCUAAUAAAAAUUCUGGCGAGAGGUUUUUGCUUAGAAGGUUUCACUUUUCUGAGGGACCCAUGGAACUGGCUCGACUUCAGCGUCAUUGUCAUGGCAUAUGUGACAGAGUUUGUGGACCUGGGCAAUGUCUCAGCACUGAGAACAUUCAGAGUUCUCCGAGCAUUGAAAACAAUAUCAGUCAUUCCAGGUCUAAAGACCAUUGUGGGAGCCCUGAUUCAGUCUGUAAAGAAGCUUUCGGAUGUGAUGAUCCUCACAGUGUUUUGUCUGAGUGUGUUUGCACUAAUAGGACUUCAGCUAUUCAUGGGACACCUAAGGAAUAAAUGUGUACGAUGGCCCCCAGACUAUGAAGCGAAUAUUACCUCUUACUUUAAUGAAACCGCUGGCCCAAAUGGUUCUUAUAUAAACGUAACUCUAAAUCCAUUUGACAAAGCUGAAUACAUCCUAAAUGAAAAAAAUUUUUACAUUGUGCCUGGGUUUAGGGACGCCCUCCUUUGUGGCAACAGUUCAGAUGCAGGCCAAUGUCCAAAGGGGUUUGUAUGUUUGAAGACUGGAAGGAACCCAAACUAUGGCUACACAAGCUUUGAUACCUUCAGCUGGGCCUUUCUGUCUCUGUUUCGACUGAUGACCCAGGACUACUGGGAGAAUCUUUAUCAACUGACCCUACGAGCUGCUGGGAAAACCUACAUGAUCUUCUUCGUAUUGGUGAUCUUCUUGGGCUCCUUCUAUUUGGUGAACUUGAUCCUGGCUGUGGUUGCCAUGGCCUAUGAAGAGCAGAACCAGGCAACUCUAGAAGAAGCUGAGCAGAAGGAAGCUGAAUUUCAGCAAAUGAUGGAGCAGCUGAGAAAACAUCAAGAAGACAUACAGGCAGCGGCUUUCGCAGCUCAAGAAGCAGCCCUUGGCUCCAGAGAGUUUAGUGGUGGAACUGGUUAUGGUGGACUCUCAGAGAGUUCAUCUGCAGCUUCAAAGUUAAGUUCAAAAAGUACCAAGUUAAGCUCAAAAAGUGCCAAGGAAAGGAGAAACAGAAGAAAGAAACGUCAUCAAAGAGAGAAAGGGGAUGGAGAUGAAAAGGGCGAUGACGAAAAGUUUCACAAGUCCACAUCAGAAAGCAACCUGAAAAAGUUCCUCUAUGAUGGAAUUAGAUUAACAAAGACCUCAUCACCCCAUGAGUCUCUGCUGGAUGUCCGCAAUGAUGUCACACCAAGGCGCAACAGCAGGACCAGCAUACUCAGUAUGUUCCUAGGCCGUGGGAAGGAUGUGACAUCAGAAAAUGACUUUGCCGAUGACGAACAUAGCACAUUUGAGGACAAUGAGAGUAGACGAGGAUCCUUGUUUGUGCCUCACAGACAAAGACGGGGAAGUAACCUAAGUCAAGCCAGCAAGGUGUCAAAAACCCUGCCAGUGCUUCCAGUGAAUGGCAAGAUGCACAGCACCGUGGACUGCAAUGGAGUGGUCUCUCUGUUCGGUGGCCCUUCUGCUCCAACAUCGCCUGCUGGACUACUACUGCCAGAGGUGAUAAUAGAUAAACCAGCUUCUGAUGACAAUGGUACGAACACAGAAAAUGAUUUAAGGAAAAGAAGAUUAAGUUCAUAUCAUGUUUCCAUGGACUUAUUGGAAGAUCCUAUAUUGAGACAACGAGCUCUGAGUAUAGCCAGCAAUCUCACCAACACAAUGGAAGAGUUGGAAGAAUCUAGGCAAAAAUGUCCACCAUGUUGGAACAAAUUUUCGAACACAUACUUAAUAUGGGAGUGCUGUGACGCAUGGCUGAAAAUCAAGCAUGUACUCAAUGUAAUAGUCAUGGACCCAUUUGUGGAUCUUGCAAUUACCAUCUGCAUUGUUUUAAAUACAUUAUUUAUGGCCAUGGAGCAUUAUCCUAUAACUGAUGAAUUCAAUGACGUUCUGUAUGUUGGAAAUCUGGUCUUCACAGGUAUUUUUACGGCAGAGAUGGUAUUUAAGCUGAUUGCACUUGAUCCAUAUUAUUAUUUCCAAGUCGGAUGGAACAUAUUUGAUAGUAUUAUUGUCUCUCUCAGUUUGAUGGAACUGGGCCUUUCGAAUGUGGAAGGGUUGUCCGUUCUUAGAUCAUUCAGAUUGCUCCGUGUCUUCAAGUUGGCAAAAUCAUGGCCUACCCUGAACAUGCUGAUCAAGAUCAUCGGUAACUCGGUGGGAGCUUUGGGAAACCUGACCUUGGUGUUGGCCAUCAUCGUCUUUAUCUUUGCCGUGGUCGGCAUGCAGCUGUUUGGUAAAAGCUACAAGGAAUGUGUCUGUAAGAUUGCACCUGAUUGUACUCUUCCUCGCUGGCACAUGAACGACUUCUUCCACUCCUUCCUCAUUGUCUUCCGAGUGCUGUGUGGAGAAUGGAUCGAGACCAUGUGGGACUGUAUGGAGGUGGCAGGACAAUCUAUGUGUUUAACAGUGUUCAUGAUGGUGAUGGUCAUUGGAAAUUUAGUGGUGUUAAACCUGUUCUUAGCUUUGCUGCUCAGCUCAUUUAGCUCCGACAAUCUUGCCGCUACAGACGAUGAUAAUGAAAUGAAUAAUCUGCAAAUUGCCAUGGUCAGAAUACACCUCGGGAUUGCCUAUGUGAAGAAGACUGUACGGGAGUUUAUCCAGAAUGCAUUUGUCAAAAAGAAAAAGGAGUUGGAGGAAAACAAACCUCUAGAAGACAUGCAAAACCAAAAAGAUAGCUGCAUAUCCAACCAUACCACUGUAGAAAUAAGCAAAGAUUUUGAGUACCUGAAGGAUGGGAAUGGGACUACAGCCACUAGUGGAAUCGGUAGUAGUGUUGAGAAGUACAUAAUUGAUGAAAGUGAUUACAUGUCCUUUAUACAUAACCCAAGUCUCACUGUCACUGUCCCCAUCGCUGUUGGAGAAUCUGAUUUUGAAAACCUGAAUACAGAAGAAUUUAGCAGUGAGUCAGAUCUUGAAGAAAGCAAAGAGAAAUUGACCCUAUCAAGUUCAUCAGAAGGCAGCACUGUUGAUAUAAGACCAGCAGGCGAAGGAGAACCUGUCGCUUUAGUAGAAGCAGAAGAAAUCAUGGAACCAGAAGCUUGCUUUACAGAAGGGUGUAUAAGAAAGUUCCCAAUUUGUGAUGUCAGUACAUUAGAAGGGAAAGGAAAGCACUGGUGGAACCUCAGGAAGACAUGUUUCCGGAUUGUUGAGCACAACUGGUUUGAGACUUUCAUUAUCUUCAUGAUCUUACUUAGCAGCGGGGCUCUGGCUUUUGAAGACAUUUACAUUGAGCAGAGAAAAACAAUUAAGACCAUGCUGGAAUAUGCGGAUAAAGUGUUCACAUAUAUCUUUAUUCUUGAAAUGCUUCUGAAGUGGGUGGCCUAUGGAUUUGCCAAAUAUUUUACCAAUGCCUGGUGCUGGCUUGAUUUCCUAAUUGUCGAUGUAUCUUUGGUUAGCUUAGUAGCUAAUGCCUUGGGCUACUCAGAACUAGGGGCUAUUAAGUCCCUUAGGACACUAAGGGCAUUGAGACCUCUGAGGGCCCUGUCACGGUUUGAAGGGAUGAGGGUGGUUGUUAAUGCCUUAAUAGGUGCCAUACCCUCCAUCAUGAACGUCCUGCUGGUUUGUCUAAUUUUUUGGCUAAUUUUCAGCAUUAUGGGAGUGAACAUGUUUUCUGGAAAAUAUGGCUACUGCUUUAAUAUGACUUCGGAAGAAUAUUUUUCAACUGAUAUAGUUAAUAAUAAAUCAGACUGUUUGGCACUUAUAGCCCAGAAUGAAAGUGCAAGAUGGAAAAAUGUCAAAGUGAACUUUGAUAAUGUUGGCUUUGGCUACCUUUCAUUGCUUCAAGUGGCAACAUUUAAAGGGUGGAUGGACAUUAUGUAUGCUGCAGUUGAUUCACGAAAGGUGGAGCAGCAACCAAAGUAUGAAGACAAUCUGUACAUGUACCUUUACUUUGUUAUUUUUAUCAUCUUCGGAUCAUUCUUCACACUCAAUCUCUUCAUUGGUGUCAUCAUUGAUAAUUUUAAUCAACAGAAAAAGAAGUUCGGAGGUCAGGAUAUCUUCAUGACAGAGGAACAAAAGAAAUAUUAUAAUGCCAUGAAAAAGCUAGGAUCGAAAAAACCACAAAAGCCUGUUCCAAGACCUCAGAACAAAAUUCAAGGUGCAGUCUUUGACUUUGUGUCCAUGCAACCAUUUGACAUCACCAUCAUGGUUCUUAUCUGCCUAAACAUGGUAACAAUGAUGAUUGAAACCGAUGACCAAACUGAAGAAACGGAGAACAAUUUAUACUGGAUUAAUGCAGUCUUCAUUGUGCUUUUUACUGGAGAAUGUGUGCUUAAGCUUGUGUCCCUGCGACAUUAUUACUUCACAAUGGGAUGGAAUAUAUUUGAUUUUGUGGUUGUCAUUCUAUCUAUUGUAGGAAUGUUUUUGGCUGAUUUGAUUGAGAAAUACUUUGUGUCACCAACCCUGUUCAGGGUAAUAAGACUUGCCAGAAUAGGUCGCAUUCUACGUCUUAUCAAAGGAGCAAAGGGGAUUCGUACUUUGCUUUUUGCAUUGAUGAUGUCACUUCCUGCAUUGUUCAACAUAGGUUUAUUGCUUUUCCUUGUCAUGUUCAUUUACGCCAUCUUUGGAAUGUCCAAUUUUGCUUAUGUCAAGAAAGAAGCGGGAAUCGAUGAUAUGUUCAAUUUUGAGACGUUUGGCAACAGUAUGAUUUGCUUAUUUAUGAUCACAACUUCAGCUGGGUGGGAUGGUCUGUUGGCACCAAUUCUUAACAGUGGAGAACCAGACUGUAACCCAAAUGCAGAACAUCCAGGGAGUUCUGUCAGAGGUGAUUGUGGUAACCCCUCUGUUGGGAUCUUCUUCUUUGUUAGUUAUAUUAUCAUAUCAUUUUUAGUGGUGGUAAACAUGUACAUUGCUGUCAUUUUGGAGAAUUUUGGUGUUGCUACUGAGGAAAGUGCAGAACCUCUAGGAGAGGAUGACUUUGAAAUGUUCUAUGAAGUUUGGGAAAAGUUUGACCCAGAUGCAACACAGUUUAUUCAAUACAGUAAAUUGACUAAUUUUGCUGAUGCACUGGAUCCACCGCUUCGUAUACCUAAACCAAACAAUGUACAGCUUAUUGCAAUGGAUCUUCCCAUGGUAAGCGGUGACCGAAUUCACUGCCUCGACAUCCUUUUCGCCUUCACAAAGCGUGUGUUGGGUGAAGGUGAUGAGAUGGAUAAUCUCCGCCAGCCAAUGGAAGAAAGGUUUAUGGCUUCCAAUCCUUCCAAAGUCUCAUACGAACCAAUUACAUCAACGUUACGGAGAAAACAAGAGGAACUGUCUGCUCUUAUUAUCCAACGAGCUUUCCGUACUUACCUUCUGAAGAAAUCCAUAAAACGUGCUUCCUUUAUGUUCAAGGGCAAAGAUGCAGACAGUAUAAUAACACGCAAAGACAUGUUAAGUGACCGACUCAAUGGAAACUCCACCACAGAUAAAGUAGACAUCACUCCCUCCACAACUUCUCCCCCAUCCUAUGACAGUGUUACAAAACCAGACAAAGAAAAACACGAAAAGGACAAAAUAGAGAAAGAAGACAGGGGGAAAGACGUCAGGGAGCGUAAAAAGUAGGUUUUAUGUGGCAAACUGUUUACAGCCUGUGAACAUUCUUUAUGUCAGCAGGACUCCUUUCAGAGAUUUAUGCCAAACUGACAGUUCUUAAAAAUUAUGUACUUUUGGUCAGUGCCUACAAUACGACAGUGACCCCCUGUCAGAAACGGACUACGAAGGACACUCUCUCUCUCUCUCAACCUUGACUGGAGGUUACUGUUUUAACCACUUCACUGCUCUAGAGGCUCGCAAGGUAUCGAACGGGUGCUUUGCUGGCCCCUGCAAAAGUAAAUGGGUUAAUUUCCCAGCUGACACUGCUGAAGAGGAUAGUCCAAAUGGCUACUCAGACUGUGCGGAAUGGGGACCAUUUUGUGGGAUACAAACCUAUUGUUUUUUUUUGUGUGUUGAACACUUUAGUAAACUACUUGUAUCCACUAUUUGCAUUUCAACUGCCAUAUUUGCCAUAUGUUUACAAGUUCUAUGUUUAUGGAUUCAUCGUUUUUUUGAAUUCAUAGGUUCUCUACAAUUAUAUGCGACUAUUUUUGUAAAUGGGUUUUAUGUUGGGAAGGAGCUGAUAAUUACCACUUCAAAAGGUAUGAGGACCAGGUGUUCUUCAAUAUCUUUCUCUAUAAGCAUAUAUGAAGAAAACUGAUUGCAUGAAAAGCAUGCCAGGCUCAUAGGUCAUGCAUGGGAAAAAAAUAUUAAAAAAAUAGAAUUACAAAAAAAAAUUCAUUAUCAUGUGACACUUAUUGUUGGGGUGCUUAAUUGUUCAUGCUGUGUCACAUAAGAAAAAUAAAAUGUGCCUGUUUUGUCCCUUGGAAGUCCCACAUCAGAGGACAGAUGGAUUCACCUUUUAUGCAACCACCAGUCACAGUUCAGUAAGGUUUUAGUGCCUGGAGGCAUCAAUUAUAUAUAAUAUUACUUUAACCGGUUGCACAGGUUAACUCCCCAAAAAAUACAGUUCGUUUUAGGCUUUCUCCUGCAUUGUUACGAUUAUUUUGGCCAUCUUCAGCUUGUCAGCGAGGUUGACAUUGUACAAGCCAAUGGAAAUGCCUAUGUUAUGGUAUGUAAAUAGUUACUUUACUAUGUGGUGGAUGUUUGAGCAAGAAAAUAAUGGUUUGGGCACAGUAUUUAUUGCAUCAAAUAUGUACCACAAUAUGUGUAGUUUGCAAGCUUUUGGAAACUAAAAAAAAAUUAUAGAAUUAUUCUGUACCAAUAUAAAUAGUUUGGACGCUAUCACAGGUGCAUGUUUGUAUUGCCAGGGCUGCUUAUGAUAUUUUCUUUCUCCCACUGUCCAGCAGUAUAUUAUGGAAAGCCAUAUGUCAAUGGUUCGGUAAGACAUAAAAGACCUCAUUUCAUUAUUAACGUCUUUGCUGCUGCUCUGCAGUCUUAAAAUGGUUAAGCAAUAGUUUGCAGCUAUUUCUGUUUGCUCUUUUUUUUAUUUUUAUUUUAGUUUCCGUGGUAUUUAUUUUGUCGUAUUUCGUAUUAAUCCAGAUUUUCGAUUGGAUAAGUUGCAAAACUGCAUUAAAGGAUACAGAGUUUUUAAUAAAAUAAAAAAAACUAAAUCUAUAAAUACUGUAAAUAUUCAUUUAGCUUUAUUUUUCAGCAUUUUGUACAUAAGAGGAGAGAUGAAAAAAAAAAUUAAACUUCAGGGGUUAAUGUUGUGGUCACUUUUGUUACUUGCCCGUGCUUAGCGCUAUUAAAUUGGAGAUCUUUGCAAAUAAAAAUGACAAAGAGUUGUAAAUUUGCUAUUUUAUUAGAAUAACUUUUUUUUUUUAUUAUUUGGUGCACAUGCUGAUUGUGGAAUCAAAAAUGUAUAAGAUCUGGGACCACAGCUCGCACAAUGAAAACACAUGUAUAUUGGUGACAAAUAGAUAACAACAGAGAAAAAAAUAUAUAUAUACAGGUAGUGUAAGAAAUGCCUGCAUCAGGGAUUUAACUUUUUCAGUGCCAGAUUUCCCAGAAAUGCUUCACCAGUAAGUAAGUAAUUUCAGGAAGUGCUAGCUGAAAGUGUUAAAUAUGUUUCUAUUUUCUGUUUGCUUUACAUAAGGCUUAGACAUGUUGUUGCUUUCUGGCUGCUGCAAUACAGUGCAAAACGUAGGGUGCUGGAAGUGGCUGUUUUGUGGGUGGAGUUGGCAGUCAAGGAAAUGUAGGCUACUAAUGUACUCAGUAAUGCUGAUGUCACUGAUGACCCUUUUCCAUCAGUCUUAUAUAUGGCUGAAUGAAGGCCUUCAUUGAUAUCAGUGGUUCUUGUAACUGGUGGGAAGCAUUGUCACGAUUGAGCACACAAAACCAUUUUCCUCAGUGAUCUCUAAAGUGCCUAAUGGAUUUGUAAUCUACAUUCUUUGAAAUAGUGGUAAAAGGAAGUCCGGACCUAUGUUGUGAUGUUCUUUAAAUAGACCUAAACGGUGAAAAUACAUGAUUGCAACUAUUGUUGUUACUUCAAUGCAUCUAAGUGAAGCAACUCCUAAAUGCAACUUAAAAACAUGUAAAAAAAAAACAACUAAAAACUAUUGUUUUGAGCCUACAGCUCAUAUGAAGACUUAUGUGUCUCCACAAUAACAGACUACCUCUGUAAUUUAAUCCUUUCCAUCUCUUACACACACACAAAGUAGCUGAGCACUAAGUAGAAGACAGAUGGAUGGGCAUACGAAAGGUUCAGACUACACUGGGUCUCUUUGUAGUCUGUAUCCAUGGAAACAAAGAUAACUGAGUAAAGGGGCUGUAGGCGCAAAAUAGUAGGCAGUUUUUAAUCAAAACUAUUUGCAAAGUAGCUUCAAUAUUUAAUUUUUGUGUUUUGAGACAACACAAAAAUGGGUUGCAAUGGUGGACACCCUCUUUAAGACUUCUGUGACGUUUGCUUCUUAAUAGUUGGCAUUCCUACGAUCUAAGCCUUCACUGUGUUAGGCUGCAUUCACUCCAUGUUUUGUUCAUACGGUCACCGGAUCCCAGCCGGACCCCGCCCGCAUCUCAUUCAUUUGAAUGAGCUGAACGGAGUCAGAUAAUGACUCCGGUCGGCUUAUUUUUGCCCUGUAGCUGUUUUUUUUUGCCAGACUGAAAACCAUGGUAUGCUACGGUUUUCAGUCCAGCCACAAAACCAGAUAUGGGGCAAAAAUGAGCCAACCGGAGUCAUUAUCUGACUCCGGUUGGCUCAUUCAAAUGAAUGAGAUGUGGGCCGGUCCGGCUGGGAUACGGUGACCGUAUGAACAAAAUGUGAUGUGAAUGCAGCCUAACUCCUUUUCAUACAGACACCGAUACCGCAUUCACGUAAUCGGUGAUACAGUAAGAGGGAAGGCAUAGGUAUUGCAGAUAAAUAACUAAGAAGCCACUGCUGAACUUUUAUAUACCCUUGAAGAUUUCCUUUAAGCCCACAAAAUGUCUUGUAUGUACGCUUUAACGCCUGCACCUUCCAGCAUGUUUCAUCAGCUAUCAGGCUGGUGAAGCAUUUUGGGAUUUGGGUGGAUCAGUCGCCGGUAAGCCACAAGUUGUAUAGGCCUGGUUUACAUUUUCUUUUUGGAGUCAAAAUUACUCAUUCUAUUGUUGUUCAUGCUGCACUGGAAUGUUUUAGCCAAUAUGUGGGAUCCACAUUCUUCAUUUUUUUUUAUUUCCAAAGAAACAUGAAUUUGCUUAUGACACCAUGUUCAAUCUAAGUUCUGUUUUGAACACAUGCAGACGUUUAAUGUAGAAUCCGUUGCUUUCCAGGAAUAAUGACUUGUAGUGUACUGUGAACUGCAUGCAGGAAAAUGCUAUUACCUAAAAUUACAGCUAACUACAUUACAAACAAGCCAAAAGAAUAAAGAUUACAUUUUGUAUUG